CCUCAGGGCACGCAUUACUACUGCACUUGAACGCUGCCCCACAGCCCCAUGCGUCAUGCCCUCCGCUGGUGCGCCACGCUGCUGGCGCUCGUGGCCGCGGAGCCGCCCUGCUACGCCACCCGCGAGGCCCGCGUCGCACCCGUGCGGGGCGCCUGGGUCGCGCGCGUGGAACGGCAGUCGAGCUACCGGAACCUGUCGUGCCCCCUCGAGUGGUCCAAGUACAGCUGCGUCCACCAGGGCCAGGCCGCGCGGGCGGCGGCCGCCGCGGGCCGGGGCUUCGCGCCCGCCGGGUGCGCGCUGGGCGGCGCCUGGCGGCCGCGGGGCAACGGCACGCGCGUCUUCUUCUGGGGCGACUCGCUGCUGCGGCAGGUGUUCAUCGCGAUGGCGUGCGGCCUGCACGCGGCGGGGCGCGUCGUCGACGCGGCCGCCGACUGGCCGCCCUGCGGCGCGGCCGAGUGGCCCUGCCACGGCGCCGCGCGCUGCGUCCGCUGCGGCCCGGGCUCCGGCUUCUUCGGCGCCACCGUGACGCUGGCGACGGGCGCGGAGCUGCGCACCGUCUCCACCGACGCGCCCGGGGGCGCGGUCGCCUUCUUCCACGACGUGCAGCCGGACCGGGACGUCGUCGUCGUCGAGGCGGGCGUCCACGGGGGCUCUCCGUUCGCGAACGCGCAGCGCGUGCUCGCGGCGGCGCGGCCCCUGUUCGCCCGGUCGGUCCGCGUGAUCUGGGUCGUCACGCCCCAGGACGCGUUUCCCUCGAGGUCGGGCGACGGCCGGUUCGAGCCAAAGUACCUUCGGUCCCAUCGAGGGGGGUGCGUGAAGUCGGUCGCGCCGGCGCGGUCCAGCGAGGAGUGGCGCGCCCUCCGGGGGGACGCGCGGGCGCUCGACGCCCUGUGGGGCGUCAUCGACCUGGCGGGACUCGAAGACCAGGGCGACGCGAAGGUCGGCGCGGGCCUGGCGGGCGGCGACUGCCAACAUUACUGCAUGCCCGGACCACCGGACGUGCUCGCGGCGGCGCUGGACGCGAUGCUCGCGGCCCUGCCCGCGUAGGACGCGCGGCGCGCGUGUGUGAUACUCUUGUAAACGCAGUUGUAAGUUCGUAUAAAU